AACUCCAUUUUAUUUCAGAGCGCAGCUGAGCCAGCCCGCUCCUCAACACUCUGCCGUCUGCACCGCUGUGGCUGGGACCGGGCAGUGCUGCACAUCCCAAAGGCCACCAAGUCACACCCGUGUCCCUGCUGCUUUGCCGGGAGCUUCUGCGGUGCGAGCGAUGUUUUGGGGGCUGAUCUCUUGGACUGCAGCUACUCCAUGCCUGACCGGCAGCUGGUCAGGAGGGUUGUGUCCCAGGUGGAAUUCCACCUCUCUGACGAGAACCUGGCCAAGGAUGCUUUCCUCCUGAAACAUGUCCAGAGGAACAAGGUGGGCUUUGUCAGCAUCAAACUGCUGACGUCCUUGAAGAAGGUAGGCAGCCCGUUGCGUUGGCCAGCCGGGGUGGGAGUUUCUUCGACCGGCUUUUCGGUAUCAUGGGUCCCCAUCCCUGAGUCCCUGCUGAGCAUCCCCCCCAGCAAACUGCUGCUGGCCUGGGAGCUGCUGCUCCUGGAGCAGGACAUGCUGCUGCUGCUCCAGAAGAAUUUCCUCAAGACCAUCACGAGGAUGUUCAGCCCCUUCGGCACCAUCGCCUCCAUCCGCAUCCUGCGGCCGGGCCGCAAGCUGCCCUCAGGUGUGCGGAAAUACACGUCAGACUUCCCCGAGCUGCUGAGCAAGCACUGCGCACUGGUGGAGUACAAGAGCCUGGGGAGCGCUUCAGCCUUGAGGAGCCUUGAGGACCUCGGCCGCCAGAGCGGUCCGCGUGGUGAGAGCAUCAGGGUGGUCCGGCUCUGCGGGAAGGGCUCCAAGAAGACACCCGGGGCCGAGAGGGAGGUGGCGGAGGAGCUGGUGGACCAGCCGGGUUGGAAAGCGCAGGCGGUGGCCGCGACCUUCCCCGACGGCCUCGGGGACUCCCUGCUCUGCAGCUCCCUGGAGUUGAACGGUGCCCAGGCGUUGCCACCCCUCCUCCUGCACAAGGACCCCUCAGCACCCUCCCGGCCCGGCAGCAACUUCAAGCCCAGCAAUUUCGGCAACGGCUUCAAUGGAUUGCUCCUCGCCAGCAAAGUCUUCCCUCCACUGGGGACAGGCUUGGGCACAGGCAGCUGCUACGGCCUCUGCUCCAGCACUGAGAGCACCCGUGGCUGCGGCUGGGGGAGUGGGGUGGGUGCCUGGGCACCCUGGCCCAGCAGCCCCUCUCCAGAUGCCAAACCUCUUGCCGGCAAUCCUCCGGCAGCGACGUGGGUGCCUGAGCCCCUCGGCCUGCGGGAUGCGGUGCUUUGCGUGCCCCACUGUUGUCCCAAAAGAAACUGUCUCCUCCGGGAUCAACCCAAGCCUCCUCCCAGUUAUCUCUCAGAGUCUUCUGACCUCUGCUUUUGGUACCGGAGAUCGCAGCUACCUGCCUCAGGCUCCUCCAA